UAUUGGCCGCGCAGUUACGUUUGAAAGCUGCUACGGCGAGCACGUCUGUACGGUCUGUGGUGGCUUUAGGUCCCAUCCCCGUUUAACAAAGUUCUAUAACGCUUGUAAGCAUGGAACUGAAUGACGGUAACCUGCAAACCCUGACUGAGUACUUAAGGAAAACAUUGAACCCAGAUCCAACAGUUAGGCGUCCAGCUGAAAAGUUUCUGGAGUCGGUGGAAGGAAACCAGAACUACCCGUUAUUACUCCUCACUUUACUGGAGAAGUCUCAAGACAAUGUAAUCCGUGUCUGUGCUGCUGUUACGUUCAAAAACUACAUAAAAAGGAACUGGAGAAUCGUUGAGGAUGAACCAAACAAAAUUUCAGACGCUGACAGGACGGCGAUCAAAGCAAAUAUUAUAAAUUUGAUGCUGAGCAGCCCAGAACAGAUUCAGAAACAGCUGAGUGAUGCCAUCAGCAUCAUAGGAAGGGAAGACUUUCCACAAAAAUGGCCGGACCUCCUGACAGAGAUGGUGACCCGCUUCAGAAGUGGAGAUUUCCACAUCAUCAAUGGAGUUCUCCGUACUGCACAUUCUCUUUUUAAGAGGUACCGCCAUGAGUUUAAGUCUAAUGAGCUUUGGACUGAAAUUAAACUUGUACUGGACACAUUUGCCCUUCCGUUGACAGAGCUCUUCAAGGCCACUAUUGACUUGUGUCAAACUCACGCCAAUGAUGUCAGUGCCCUAAAGGUCCUCUUUUCAUCCCUAACACUCAUUUCAAAGCUUUUCUACAGUCUUAACUUCCAGGACCUUCCAGAGUUCUUUGAGGAUAAUAUGGAAACCUGGAUGACCAACUUUCACGGCCUUCUGACUCUGGACAAUAAGCUUUUACAAACAGAUGAUGAAGAGGAGGCUGGUCUCCUGGAGCUGCUGAAGUCUCAGAUCUGUGACAACGCGGCUCUUUACGCUCAAAAGUACGAUGAGGAGUUUCAGCCGUACCUGCCACGCUUUGUUACUGCAAUCUGGGGCCUUCUGGUCUCCACCGGCCAGGAAGUCAAAUAUGACCUGCUUGUAAGCAAUGCUAUCCAGUUUUUAGCAUCAGUUUGUGAAAGGCCGCACUACAAGCAUCUGUUCGAGGACCAGAACACACUCACCAGCAUCUGUGAGAAGGUCAUUGUGCCCAACAUGGAGUUCAGAAGUGCAGAUGAGGAGGCUUUUGAAGAUAACUCUGAGGAAUACAUCCGGAGAGAUCUUGAGGGAUCUGACAUUGACACUCGCCGCAGGGCAGCAUGCGACUUGGUGAGGGGCCUCUGUAAGUUUUUUGAGGGGCCAGUCACAGCCAUCUUCUCUGGCUAUGUGAACUCGAUGCUUACAGAAUAUGCUAAGAACCCCGGGCAGAACUGGAAACACAAAGAUGCAGCCAUCUAUCUGGUCACAUCGCUGGCAUCCAAAGCCCAGACGCAGAAGCAUGGAAUUACACAAGCCAAUGAACUGGUGAAUCUGACUGAAUUCUUUGUGAACCAUAUUCUUCCCGAUUUAAAAUCAUCCAAUGUUAACGAGUUCCCUGUGCUGAAGGCGGAUGCAAUCAAGUAUGUUAUGAUCUUCCGAAGUCAGCUUCCUAAGGAGCAGUUGCUGCAGGCAGUUCCUCUCCUGAUAACACACCUGCAGGCGGAGAGCACAGUUGAACACACUUAUGCUGCGCAUGCAUUGGAGAGGCUGUUCACAAUGAGAGGCCCCAAUAACGCAACACUUAUCACUUCAGCAGAGAUGGCACCUUUUACUGAGCAGCUGCUCACCAACCUCUUCAAAGCACUGAGUCUUCCUGGUUCUGCAGAAAAUGAGUAUAUCAUGAAAGCCAUCAUGCGCAGCUUCUCCCUGCUCCAGGAGGCCAUAGUUCCUUACAUUCCCUCUCUGAUUGGUCAGCUCACUCAUAAACUCCUCUUGGUCAGCAAGAAUCCCAGCAAGCCUCAUUUUAAUCACUACCUGUUUGAGUCUCUGUGCCUGUCUGUGCGCAUCACCUGCAAGGCUAACCCCGCCACAGUUAGCAGCUUUGAGGAGGCUCUUUUCCCCGUCUUUACAGAAAUCCUUCAGAACGACGUUCAAGAGUUUCUUCCAUAUGUGUUCCAGGUGAUGUCUCUUCUCCUUGAGAUCCACUCCAACUCUAUUCCUGCUUCCUACAUGGCUUUGUUCCCCCACCUGCUCCAGCCCAUACUGUGGGAACGCACGGGGAAUAUACCUCCUCUUGUGCGUCUGCUGCAAGCUUACCUAGAGAAGGGAGGGGCAGCUAUCGCUACUUCAGCAGCUGACAAAAUUCCUGGAUUGCUUGGAGUUUUCCAGAAGCUCAUUGCCUCCAAGGCCAAUGACCAUCAGGGAUUUUAUCUCCUCAACAGCAUCAUAGAGAACAUGCCCCCGGAGUCCAUCACUCAGUACAGGAGACAGAUCUUUAUCUUGCUCUUCCAGCGGCUCCAGAACUCUAAAACUACAAAGUUUAUUAAAAGUUUUUUGGUGUUUGUGAACUUAUAUUGUGCCAAAUAUGGAGCCAUUGCACUUCAGGAGAUCUUCGACAGCAUUCAGACAAAAAUGUUUGGGAUGGUGUUGGAGAAAAUCAUUAUUCCAGAGGUUCAGAAGGUGUCUGGAGCAGUGGAGAAGAAGAUCUGUGCUGUAGGCAUUAUAAAAAUCCUCACGGAGUGCCCCGCCAUGAUGGAUACAGAGUACACAAAGCUAUGGACCCCUCUGCUCCAGGCUCUUAUUGGCCUGUUUGAGUUACCAGAAGAUGACAGCAUCCCAGACGACGAGCACUUCAUCGACAUAGAAGACGCCCCAGGCUAUCAGACGGCCUUCUCACAGCUCGCCUUCGCUGGAAGGAAGGAACACGAUCCAAUUGGAGAUGCGGUUGGCAACCCAAAGAUCCUGUUGGCCCAGUCGCUUCACAAGCUUUCAACUGCCUGUCCUGGAAGGGUUCCCUCCAUGCUGAGCACCAGUCUGAAUGCGGAUGCCCUGAAGUUCCUGCAGGGAUAUUUGCAGGCAGCGAAUGUGCAGCUGGUUUAAAAUAAAGAUGCGAAUGACUAUGCAAAUGCUGCAGACACAGUUAGCCCUAGUCAGCUCACAGAUCAGUUACAGCUGAGAUCAUGACUCCAUGAUGGAUUAAAAAAUAAACAGCAGGAUUUUGCCUGAAAAUGGGAGGUCUUUUCAUAAGAAAACGUUUUAAGUGUUUUUAAAGACGACCAAAUGGUGGCAAAGCAAAAUUUAUCCUCUUUGGUAAUGCCAACAGGAA